AUGGCCGUGGACCCUGCUAUCGUUGCGAUCUUCGGGUCGCCCCCUUCCAACCUCGAUUUGGCCGACAGUAGGGUAUUAGUCGACAAUGCUGUCGCGGGUGUGAUCCUCUCUCUAGCGGUGAUUUCUGUGCUCCUGCGCUUUGUUGCCCGGCACCUUCUUCGUAACCCUCUGAAGGCCGACGAUUGGGUCAUUAUCCUCGCACUGGUGUUCAUCUUUACAACAACUGGCUUAUGCAUCUCAGGGGGGUUUUUCGGAGCCGGAAGACAUGUUUGGGCGAUGAGCAUCCCCGACGUGGUGACGCUUUUCAAGAUUCUCUUCGUAUAUGUCCUGGUGUAUGCCGCAGUAUGUGCGUCUGCCAAGCUCUCCAUCCUAUUCUUCUACCGCCGCGUCUUCUUGGCUUCACAAGGGGAUCUCUCCCUCCGCUUGAGUAUCUACCUCGGCUUCUUCCUCACCAUCUCCUACCCCAUCAUCAUCUGGGUCACCAUGGCCACCGCCUGCCGUCCCACCUCAUACUUCUGGACCCAGUUCAGCGGGGCCACAGGCAGCUGCAUCGACACAAAUACCUUCUUCCUGGCCCUCGGCAUCAUCAACAUGCUUAACGACGUCAUCGUACUCCUGAUCCCUUUCCCGCAGAUUGCCAAGCUACAUAUGAAUCGUCGGAAGAAGUUAGCCAUCAGCGGUAUCUUGGCCGUGGGCGUCGUUGCCUGUAUCGCGAGUAUCGCACGCAUUUCCGCCGUCGACGAAUUUACCAAACGCACCGACAUCACCUGGACACUAGGUCCCGUCUUCAUCUGGUCUACCGUCGAGCCCGGCCUUUCCAUCGUCUGCGCCUGUCUGCCCCACCUCGCACCGCUGGUCCGCUUAGCACACAUCAAACUCUCCUCCAGCCAGGACAGUAAACCCAGCCGGCCCACGCACCAGAGCACCCCCUGGCGGUCUCGGAGCGGCCAUGCCGCGAAGCCUUCUCCCAAAAACAAGUUCAACCUUAGCGGAUACGACGAUGAAAUUUGCCUCACGAACCAUGUCACGACCAGUACCAGUCUUCGUAAGCAGCAGUCUAUUGAAUCGGUGACGGAGGGUAACCAGGUUCAGGCUAUCGUGGUACACUCAAGUCUCAUGCAAUCCGUUUCAAAUACAUAG